AUGCCCGCGCUCACCCCGGAAAUUCCCAUCAACGAGGCGUCGGCAAAAACCAUUUUCCCGACGUUUGAGUCGCGAUGGCAAGCUCUGAUGAAUAAAGAUCCACGGGCCGCCACCGCGUUUCUUUACUGCGUCAAAUCCACACGCAUCUAUUGUCGGCCCAUAUGCACUGCUCGACUUGCUCGACGCAAAAAUGUGAUUUUCUACGACACUGUGGACGAGGCUGAGGAGGCCGGGUUCCGGCCAUGCAAGCGGUGUAAGCCGCGGUUACCUCUACACGAAACACAUCAUGCCAUGAUUCGGCAAUCAUGCCGGAUUCUGGACAACAGCCCUAAAGAGCUACCAGCGUUAAAGGAUCUGGCCAAGUCAGUGGGUUUAACCCAGUGGCAUUUCCAUCGUAUCUUUCGACGAUUCACAGGUAUUACUCCACGCAUGUAUUGGGAGGCACGCCAUUUCCCAGAAAAACAGUCGAAGCACAAUGUUGAUUUCCACGCAAUGUCACUUAAGCUUGAUGGGUACUCGGAAGAGGACCCGGUUAAUAACCGUGGAACUGUGCCUAUGCGUAGACAGUCGGACUCGAUUGUUCAAUCGAUAAAAAACUCGGAAUCGUCGCCGGUCAGCGCGUCACCAACCCCACCACUCGCUCAGCAAGUUUUACCGCCUCUCAAUGCACCCACCUCACGUAGCAACAGCUGGGGAGGUGACAAAUCAAGUCCAACAACAGAAGAAGCCACUGCAGCUCUAGCAGCAGUUGCAGAAGCAAUGGCCACAGCAACAGCAGUUAUGGGAGCUGUGAGAACAGCAGAGCCUCCAGCUGGUAAUGUUAACCAUGUCAACAAUGUUAACCAUGUCAACAAUGUUAACAAUGUUAACAACAAUGGCCAGAUUCCACGCCAAGAAGAAACUCAUGUUAGUCCCACCUCGCCAUCAUUUCCAGAGCUUAAUAUGCACUUAAACCUCCAGUCUCUUUCACUGCCACCAUCAACAGAACUUCAUGCAUUUUCACCAUUAGGAGGCGCUGUUCCCACGACAAAUUUCUCUAUGGAUUUGUUUAAAGACCCAGAUCUAUUAACUCUGGACGACGUUCGGCCGAUGCGUGUACAACCACAAAUGCCUAAUAUAAGGAGGCCAACAGUAUCUCGACAGAUUUCGUUACCUCAAGCACAGGUUCGUGCACAGCUUCAAAAUCAGCACCAUCUUAACCAGCACACGCUUCAGGUUUCUGCACAUUCUCCAGGUAAUUUUUUACAUGGGUCGUCUCCUCAGAAUCACCAGUCAUCAUCGUUGGCGAAUUCUCCAUCGUCGCUUCAUUCAGAUUCACCAGCUCAGCAACAUCCAUCUCCCAUUCAGCAUGCUUCACCUCAAAUGGUUUCCCAGCGGGAUGCUAAACAAUCCUUUUUCCAAGCGCAAGCGGCUAAUGUUCAACAGCAGCAAACAUUUUUUGAAGAGCAAAGUUUCAACACCUCGAAUCAGUCAUCAACAAAUGGAACAGAUUAUGAGUUAAAUAAUGAUCAACUUGAUAAUGUGAUUAAUAUUAUUGACAAGUUUUUGUCUCCGAUUGUGGCUGCAUCUAAUUCUCCACCGGUCACAUCAACGGUAGGGGGUCAAUCUGUUGCGACUACAGGGCCUGUAUUGGCUUCAGCACAAAGUUCUAUAUCACAAAAACAAGAGGCCAUGGACAAGUAUGGGCUGAGCCCACUUGACCUUAACAUGGAUAGCAUGACAGGAGGGUCUGCAGGCGGCCCACUGGAGAUGGCAACGAGUGGACCUUCUCAGACAAGUUCUACGGGGUCUCUGAUACAGCAGCAACAGCAGCAACAAUCAGGGGCUACGAUAUUAUCAUCUCAAGUAACAUCAGGAAGUGGUGGAUCUUCUAUUACGGAUAAGGGAGGGAUUGAUAAGAGGGAGUUUAAUAUCAAUGACUAUUUUGGGAAUGCAGGAGCGUCAUCAAGUUCGCCGUAUGUGUCUAGCAAUAGUAAUACGCCACGAUCUAAUGUGACGACUCCAUUGAUGCACCCGCAGUUUGGGUCUGGAGGAGGGACGAUGCCAACACCACCACAGCAACAGAUACAAGUUAACCAGAUGAAUGGGAAUAGCCCUAUAUUGAAUGGUGGUGGGGGGAGUAGUGGUAGCAGCAGCUGUAGUAGUGGUGGUGGUGGUGGGGGUGGAAGUAGUAAUACCGGGAAUAUUAGGUAUAAGGAGGUAUUACAAUUGCAGCUACAAAAGCUACGACAGCAGCAGUUGCACCAUCAGCUGGAGUUGCAAAAGUUACAGCAGCAACAGCGGGAUUUGGAGGCUGUUAAAGAUGAUGGAGUGAAUGGAACCAAUGGGGGAGGGGUUGGAGCAGGAGCAGCAGGAGCAGGAGCAGGAGCAGGAGGAGGGCUUAUGGGGAUGGGUAUGGAGAUGGGGAUGGGGAUGAAUGAUGUGUUGGGAAUUGGGUCUACUCCGUUAUUGGUUGAUCAACGGCCUCACUCUCAUCAUCAUCAGCAACAGCAACAGCAACAGCAACAGCAACAGCAACAGCAACAGCAACAGCAACAGCAACAGCAACAGCAACAGCAACAGCAACAGCAACAGCAACAGCAACAGCAACAGCAACAUCAUCAUAAUCAUAAUCACCAUAAUCAUAAUCAUGGGCAUGUUUUACAUGGUCAUACUCUUCAUCACCAUCCUCAACAUCAUUAUCAUCAUCAGCUUUAUCAAUCAGGUCAUCCUCAGCAGCAGCAGCAGCAACAGCAGCAUCAGCAGCAUCAGCAGCAUCAGCAGCAUCAGCAACAGCAGCCACAAAUAAACCAACAGGACCAACGGUUACCUUCUUCUACUUCUUCUUCGGAUAUGGAGCUUAAUAGUAGUAUAUUGAAUAGUUUCCCCGGUGGUAAUUCGAUGGGCACUACGUCAGGAAUAGCAUCUGUAGUGGUGGCAGCAUCUUCACCAGUGAUAAAUGCUAGUGGUGUUACUACAAGUCAACAACAACAACAACCUACAACAGGAACACCUAAUAUAUCUGCAAACAUUGUGUCAUCGUUAGAACAAAUGAGUAGUUUACAUUUGGAUGAUUUAGAUUUGGACCAGUUGAUGCCUGAUCGGUCGUUGGAAUCGUUUAUGAUUCAGUGA